GCCGCUGGACGCCGACGCAUCUGUUGUCGUCUAACUUGUCGAAUAACACCUUAGUUUUCAGUAAAUGGGUUUAUAAUGAACACACUUUGUCAGCGGCAUACUUUAAAAAUAACGAGGUAACUUCCAGCAAGUUGUCUUUUUUUUUUCUCCAAGCAGCACAGCAUGUCUAACGCACGGUAAAGUUGUACAUUAGGAAGGAAGAGGGACACAAUGUCGAAAGGAAAGCUGAAGAAAAAGGGCGACACUUCCAGCAAAAUAUCUGAAGAGCAGACCGAACUAGUUUCUGCAGCUUUAACUUCCUCAGAGAGCUGGGAGGAUGUGUGGCACGAGUGGAGUGACGCAGACGUCUUCAGGGAGAAAUGGGACUCGGGCAAACCACCCGAAGAUCCAAAGGCUAUGACAGACGCUUCCAGUUUGUACUUUGAAGAUCCUGAGGGAAAAAUUAGUCUUCCCCCAUCAUUGGAAGUGUACUACUGGAGGCGACCUGCAGACUUUCUGAUCAACAUGGUCCCCACCGUUGUUGAGAAUAUGGUCAGCUUCGACCUAGUAACCUCCAACCAUCAUCUGCUUUGCAGCGAGCUGAUGAGGUGGAUCAUCAGCGAGAUACACAUUAUUUGGAAAGUCUGUAACCUUCCUGGAGUUACGGAUCAAAAUGGCUGGAAGCCGUGGGAACACAUCUACUCGCUUUGCAAACCGGGAAAAGGUCACGUGCCGCACUACAACAGUUAUGGAAAAUACCUGAUUCGACUGUUCUGGAUGGGCUGUUGGAGGAAGAUAACGGUGGACGAUUUAAUGCCAUUUGAUAGAGACAACAAGCUGCUGCUCCCGGCUUCCAGCUGUCAGUCAGAGCUGUGGCCUAUGCUGUUGGCCAAGGCUCUCAUUAAAGUUAUCAACACACGGCCUCACCAUGAAGAUGCCAACAGAAAUAAAAUGUUGCAGCUUUCCAAGGAGAUGGGAGAGUUCACUUUCAUCCACCACCUCACUGGCUGGAUCCCAGAAGUCAGUUCAAUAAGCUUCCCCUGUCGGAGAAAAACAUGGGAUUUCCUACGAAGCACCAUCCCUGAAUUUGUUCACCAGCCUGAGAAAAUUUCGCGAAGAAAGUUGCAUGCCUCAAGGUGGAGGCGUGCGUCUUUCAGUGACCACAGGAGCAAUCGAUCGGACCAAAGUAAAGUUCAUCCCAAGAUGGUUGUGUGUGCCAGCUUCUAUCCCAAUCAGCUACACAACGAACCCUUUGUGUACACAAACAUGGCCGACUCCUCAGAGACUCUACGUCGCUACACCCUCUGUUUGCAUCACAGUCACAUCCUCCUUGUGACCAGAACCCGGGUCUGCUCUUUGGAGCCACCGCCUCUACCUCCACCUUUACCGCGCUGGAAACUUUUCCGCCAAAAAAAGAAGAUUGUGAUCAGCGAUGAACCACGAACGAUUCCUGAGUCCAAACCAGAGGAGUUCAUCGCAGUUGCCAGCCCUUUUAUUGACCCUCAUGUCAAGAGCAGCUCUAGCCCCGUUUUAGAGCAAGUGGACAAGUGGAGCACUCCGAGAAAGCUGUCCCAUAAAGCCCCUCUGGACUCCAUCGCUGAGCAAAUGGAGACCGAAUGCAGCGAGGAACUCGAUCACGUUGCAACUGAACCCUCUGAUACGUGUGAUAACGCUGCUGACGACACAGAGGUUGCUGCAGAGGACAAGAAGAAGGACGAGGAAGUCAACCCUACUGUUCCAGAUGUGCCCAAAAGUGCUACAAAGCAACAUACAAUUGUGGAACCAAUCAAACCGAUACUACCAGAGACUUGGGUGGAACUAGAAGACUUUCCUAAAUGUUUCUGUCGCCUGCUAAUGUUCCAUAACCCGGAAACUUAUCCACACCACGCCCAGAAGUCUCUUCUGAAGGGGGAGUCACAUCAACUAUCAGCACAACUCAAGUCUUCAUGUGCAAGAGGCACUUACUACCUGUAUGUGGACAGCUUGAAACCUUCUCAGAUCCUCAUCAGUUUCUCUGCCCUGCUUCACUGGGGAGAAACAGAAAACGUCUCAGGCAGUGACGUCCCACCAGCUCAAAGCCCGGGAGUCAUGCAAGCCGCCCCGUACCACUGGAAGAGCCGUCAGUGUCAGCCGCCUAUAGUUACCAUCGAAACCAACUCCUCCAAAGCCACUCUGCUUCGCUUACCCAUGGGACGCCAUGUUUUGUCCUUCCACAUAAAUGCAGAGCUGGGAUACCAUGUUCACCUGUGGAGCAAAACGCUUUUCUUCUUCGGGGAUGAGGAUAACAUCAUGUCACACUGUACCAAGGAGAGUCUUCGUUUCACCGAGAAGGCAACAACUAUCAUGCGGGCCCUGUCUAAACUGGUAGACUUGUUUAAUGACAGGCACGGCAAGAAACCUCUAAUGAGAAAGAACCUCGAGAAAAUUUACUGUCCUAAAGAUAAGACCCCAAUAGAAAAAUGGCACAUCUGCAAGGCGUUCAGCUUGGCCCUCUACAUCAUGCUGUGUGAUGCCCUGGGCAGGAGAAUGACCCCACUGGAGCGCUUUGCCGUAAUGGCCCUCACUGCAGACCCUUCACUCCUUGCUAAGGCACCCAGAGCACACUCUCCUCCAUUGCAUCAAGACUCAAAGCCACUAGAAAAUUGGAACAGCAGUCAGCCAACAGCUGAGGAGGUCAAGGCGGCGACUGUUCUGCAGGCUGCUUUCAGGAGUCGCUUGGUGCGACGGGUCCUUCGAUCCUCCAAAUCCGUCGGAAAAGACAACAUCCAGAUAGCUGCAGUCCUUUCAGACAUGUGGUCAAAGGUCGUAAGUGACGCUGACAAACACGCCACUUCCUUGCUACGGAACAUGUUUGAAUUUUCUGAUAAAUACACCAAAUUCUCCUCCUGUCAGCUGGAUGAAUGGACCAAAAUAGUUUUUGCCGAUUACUCCGUCAUCGUUCCAGAAAAAGCCAACUCCUGGAUUUUGCUCUUUAGAGAGGUGUUCUUUUUUGCUAAGGAGACCCUGCUGUUACCAAAGGUCUACUGCCCUGUUCGCUAUUGUCGGCUGCACAUCAUAAAUAACGACACGAGAGAAGAGCUGACCAAGCUCAUCACAAGAGUCCCGCCCCAUCUUUAUCAACCCAACAUGCAUGGUUACACCUUUGUUGCAGAGGUGAUGACCCUUGAAUUGCCCCCUGCUGGCGCUAAAUGGACAAUGCGGUUGACUGGAACAAGGGAGCCUCUCCCAAAAUUGUCCCAGCCGACUACACUCUGCACAUUUUCCGUGCAGGAAUUUCAGGAUUAUUACAUUCCCAACAACAGGAAUAUUAUAUGUGGCUAUGCUGUGAAGGUGACUACACCGGUCCCCGCAACUCUUCACUUUCAGACAUCCUCUCCAUCUGUGAUGAUACGACUGUUCAUUAUGGACCACGAGAGUGAAGUGGCCAGCGCCACUGGGCAAGGCGUCGCCGUGAUUCCCGUGUUCAACUUCCUGCCCAGCAAAGAAGAGGAGCCAAUAGCUCCCAGUUGCGCAGUAGAGGAGGAGAACCAGAACAUAUCCCCGACUCCGGAGAACGAAAUCAAGGUGUUAGACGGUAGCCAGCAGGAAGAGGAGGGCAGUACAUCAGGGAAAUCAGACUUUGUAGCUGAACUAUCACCGCCGCCCACUUGGUUGCCGGAGCACAAGUAUUUGGUGAAGGCAGAGGUGCUGCGUCAGAGCUGGGAUUUGGAUGAUUCUCAGUUGGCUUUUGCCCAUCUGCUCAGUUACAGAGAAACACAAGUUUUCUUCCCGGAGGAAGUGAUAGAAUCGACCUCUGACAUGUCGAGCAACGAAGAGCAGUGCCCCGAUGUACCCAAACCCAACCGGAAAGUCGAAGAAGAAAAGACAAACGGCAGCUGCUCAUCUGAAGACACGAGCCUUGACCUGACGAAGGCCAACUUCCUGCUGCGUGUGGCUGUUGACAAGAGCCAAGCAGAAAGCAUUGAGGUGAAGAAGGACACAGAGCGAAUAGAGCAGAUCAAAGCUAUUAAAAGAGCCUGGGAAGCGGCGGAACCUGGCCGUGCGGCCAAGGCAUGGAAAUUACGCCUCAAUUGGCUCAGUCAGUUUCAGCCCCCGACAUCUGAUGAUGAUGUUCCUGUUGAAGAAUCCCCACCCAAUGAGUCUGAUGAGGCUUGCAGUCCUGUUCCUGACGACACUCCUAGUAUAUCAAUCGAACAACUGCGAAGCAUAGUUGUUCCUCCCAUGGACUGCACUCCCUACAUUAGAAGGAAACAGGAUGUUCCGACAAUGGUCGAUCAAGAGAUAGAGGAGAUCCAGCGGAGGGAGCGCUUAGAGAAGAUCCAAGCCUACCAGUUGGAGCGGGAUCAGCUGGUGGAGGAGCGCUUACAGAAAGCCACUGCUAGGAAGGAACGAAUGAAAGGCCUGCUGAAGCAGUAUGACAGCCAGCAGGCGGCUAUGGUGCAAGAGCAACAGAGAUUCCAGGACAUUCGAACGCAGCACAAUCAGAAAUCCAGUGACAGUCGCAAAUUUCCUAAUAACCGUUUGAAAAAAAAACAAGAUGAUAAACACAUGGAUGAUGCCUAAUAGGCAAAUAUGUGUUCUCAUUGUCGAUGUUGCCUUUUUCUAUGCAAACCCAUUUGCUUUCUUGAAGGUCACGGUAUUGACCGAACAACCCAAAAGCAUGCUGGUUACAUCCAGCCUCCCACCAGCUGAUUGAUAUUAUAGUUGCACUAAAAGAGCACUUUUAGCUCAAGUCCAAAUAGCUGAUUAAUAACUGUUCAUUCACUGUUAUAAUCAAACACAUGGGCCUCAGCUUGUUAACCAUGGAAAGAAAGGCUGUCUGCUCAUCUCCUGUAGAGUGGGAAGCUACUGUAUAUUGGCAAUGAAUGAGAUGAUGACGCCAUCUAGUGGUUGUGCAUAUGAGUAAAUUGUCACUGUAAUACUGCUCUGUGCUUCAUUCGAGGUGAACAAUCAUAGAUUGUCCCAUUGCCUGCAUCUCUAGGAGGAAGAGGCAUGAAAACAUUUGCACUCUUUGGCUUCAAGUGUAAUACAAUCCCCGCCAUGUGCAGGUUAUGACCAUGCAGUGGCCUGGGAUGCGUUGUUGUCAAAGAUCACCACAAGCGCUCAUUCAUCCAAUCAAAUUGCAGGAAAACCGACGAAGAAGAAAUGUCCAAACCACACGCCAGUGAACAAAAAAUGAUACCUAAAAUAAUUUUGUUUGGGUAUAAAAAUUACGAGGUGGUCAACACAAAAUGGUUUGCAGUAUGCAACACA